AAAUUGUUUUCACUCAAAACGUUCAACAAGAGGCAAAUUCGACGAAAAAUGGACACAAUGGAGCAGCAUCAGGAGCUUGAGCAAGAAGCCAUCGGACCGGCUCUUCCACCGCCGUCAGCUGCUCAAAAAUCGGAGCUCUUCGAGGAGCACAACGUCGAGUACGAGCUGAUCAACGGGAUCCCGUGCUACCAGCCGGAUCAUGUGGUCGACGGGCAAGUUCAGAUCUUCGAACGAAUCGGCUACGACGACAAGGUCGGCGGAACGUUCCUCGGGCUCAGCGCCGACGGAAAAGAGCUCGUCGUCCGCGUCGCACCGAUCGACGCGCUGACUCAUGUGGUUCGUGCCGAGGCGGCAUUCCUGUGCAAGGUGGAAGCCGAGCUUCAGGACUGGCGGCUCUUCUCGCAAGUUCACAAGAUCUUUCUGACCGACGACGCGUGGCACAUGUCGCUGUACUUCCGUGGUGGACCGACGUUGGAGCAGUGCUUUGCGAUGCGGAACAAGUUCACGCUUGGGACGGCUGGACGCUUGGCCGAGGAUGUGCUCAAUGUGAUCCGAUGUGCUCACAAGCAUGGCUACCUCGUCCGCAACAUGGAUCUCAACAGCUUCCACUACGAUGCGGCAAGCCGUCACCUCUUCAUGGCGGACAUCUCGUCUUUGGUCAAGAACAUUUCUGGUGAUGAUGGAGCUCCGAUUGCUAGCUACGCUGGCUGCUUGGAUUAUGCUCCGUGCAGUGACGAUGGUCUUGUUGGCGCCCGGCAGGAUCUCGAGACAUGGUUCUACCAGCUGGUUCACCUGGUGCUCGGCGAGCUCCCAUGGGGAAGUCUGAGCCGCGAAGAGGCUGGAGUCAAGAAGGCCGAGUUCCAGAAGAGCAAGGAAUUCGCGGAGCUUCCAGAGGUGUUCCACAAGAUUGCCGAAGUGGUUAUCGCCAAGGAAUACUCGGUUGUCGAGGAGGAGGAAUAUGUCAAGUUGGCAGGGCUCACGGAGCAAAUCUACAAGGAGCUCGGAGGUGUGACGGAUCACGAGGAGAAUAUGGAUUUCGAGCGGGAGCCGACGCCGGAUGAGCUUCCACGUUUUGUGGCGUGCCGUGCCGAUGAGAUUCCGACGAUCGCGGAGGAAGAGGAGCCGGCGGUUGAGGAAGAGAACUCGGAAUAGGGAUUGAAAUUUGAAUAAAAUUUAAAUAUUGUG